UAACCAAAACUUGAUAUCACAUCUUUCCCUUUAUAAACUCCUUCCUAAACAAAGAAGUUUAAUAUGGCUGACAACAUUAAAGACCAAUCACUUCCUAAGGACGAACAAAGUCCAAAUGAAGUGAAGAAAGAUCAAUCUCAAUCUCCUCAAAAGCAACAAGAGGAAAAGAAAGAACACAUCAAGCAGACGAUUCCAGCACCUAUUCCUGAAAAGAAUGCUUGGAAUGUUGAUGUGAAAGAUAAGAAACCUUCAGAGCUCACUGAAGCCAGCGCAGACUGGCCAGAGCCAAAAGAAGCUGCUGCCGAAAGCAACGAUGACAAUAGUGAAAAAGAAAAGUUUGUUGCACCCAAGGUUAAGAAUAAGGGACAAUGGAAGCCGUAUACACCUACUAUCGUUCAUGCCUCCUCUCGUUCACGCAAAAACAACCGUCGCAACAACACUCAUAAAAAACCUAUCAACGGUAACCGUAGAGGUUCGAAAGCAAAGGACGCUAAUAAAGAAAACAAAGAAACCAAGGACACUAAAGAAAAUACAGAAUCAAAAGAUACUGACAACAGCAAGACCGAUAAUACCACUAAGGACGGCAAUAAAGAUACUCCAGCUGCUACCAAUAGUACUGAAACUAAAGAGAAUAACACAAAACCUGAGGACAGAAAGUUCAAACCUCGCACUAUCCGUCCGAAGAAUUCCUUCCGCCCACAUCAACGUAGAGCUCCAGCAUUUGUUAAGGUUGACGCUGAAACGUUGAAGUUGUAUAUCAUGCAGCAAUUUGAAUAUUAUUUCAGUAUUGACAAUUUAUGUAAAGAUUUAUACUUGCGUAAGCAAAUGGACUCCAAUGGUUUUGUCGAUUUGUCUCUUGUCGCAAACUUCAAUCGAGUGAAGGGUUUGACCACUGAUAUGAAUUUAAUCCGCGAAGCUUUGCAAAAUAGCCAAAUCGUCGAGCUUAAAGGUGAUAAGAUCCGUAAAAGAGAAGGCUGGGAAACAUGGCUUAUGCCUGCUGUCAUCCCUGGACCUUCCCCUGUUAACCCUCCUAUUCCCAAAGUUACAACAACUGCAGCUGAAGUCGCCAAGAAAAAUGCUCCUCCUAAUCCCCAACCCACUCUGGCCUCAUUAGCGGGUACUACUCUAUUACCCUCCUCAGUUCCUAAAUUAAACGGUGAACGUCGCAAAUCCGUUGCCAAACCCGAACCCAAAGAUGAUGAUGAUCUGUUUGACUUUGAUGAUGAUGAAGACUGGACAGAUGGACGUCGCAACGAUACUGUUAAGAAAUACUAUCUUUCUGAUGAGGAAGAUGAGGAUGACGAACUUGACAUGGAUGAUGAAACAGUUGCUCGUAUCAUGAUUGUUACUCAGCGUAAGAUGGAUCGUACUCAUACAAGCUACAAUCGUGCAAAGAUCAAUGAGGAUAUUUCAGAAAUGAUCAACGAAGGCUUGCACGAGUAUGAAUCUGGACUUGGUGCUAUCAAGCAAAACAACGUGAAGAUCGGUUCUGUAGAUAAGGAUCAAUUUGAACAAAUGAAGCACCGUGAACAUCAUCAUGGUGAGCAAGUCGGCGCUCAACUCUCCAGCACUACUAUCACAACAGCCAAGCCUAUCAAUAAAAAGGCUACUCCUCGUUUCUAUGCUGUUCGCCCUGAAUCUCUUCCCAGUUCCGCUUUCCUUGGAAGCACUCCUACCAAGGGUAGUGACCAAGGCCAUGUUGGUUGGAUCUUGAGUGAUCAGCCUUAUCAUUAUAACCCUAAUGAUCUUUUAUCAACAAGUUAUGGCAAAUCACCUGCUAAUGAAAGCUUCCUUUCUACCUCCAUGGAUGCUGCUCGCUCUUUCGGCACAUCAUUCCAACAUCCCAGUCAUGAAUUAUUGCGUGAAAAGGGUUUUGUGCAACACAAGUACUACAAGUAUCAUGCUAAGGCUCUGAGAGAACGUAAGCAAUUAGGUGUUGGACAAUCUCAAGAAAUGAACACUUUGUUCCGAUUCUGGUCUCAUUUCUUACGUGACCACUUCAAUAAGCGUAUGUACAAUGAAUUCAAGAGAUUAGCUGUUGAAGACGCCAAUCAAAACUAUAGAUAUGGUUUGGAAUGUCUUUUCAGAUUCUAUUCUUAUGGCCUUGAAAAGCGUUACCGUAAAGAACUUUUUGAGGACUUCCAAGACUUGACCUUGGCGGAUUAUGAAAAGGGUCAUCUCUAUGGCCUUGAGAAAUUCUGGGCAUACACCUAUUAUCGCAAAGAUAAGAAUAAGAGAGAACUCAAGAUCAUGGAGCAGUUGAAUCAGUUGUUGAACAAAUACAAGACAAUUGAAGACUUCCGAAACGCUAAGACACCCGCUAAAGAAUCUGAUGAUUCUUACAGAGUACCCCACCAUGGCAAACCUAGAAAGAGUGUAAGCGGGCCAUCUGGCGCCCCUGUUGCUCAUGCCAACCCAACCACUGCUUAAAAACACCACCCUUGUAUCCCUAACCGUGUAUUUCAAAAAUUAUAUAUUGCAAGUAAAGCUCUGAAAACAAGCAUUUUAAGAAUGUAUAAAAAAAAAAACACUUUAUUUCCUUUCCUCUCUCCUUUCUUUAUAGAAAUCUGUAUCUUGAACCUUUUUUAAUUAUCUCAUUUUUUUUAUACAUAUACUAAUUUUUUAUACAUAUUUUUUUUUUUUUAUAUUUU